AUGAGCGUUGUUGCCAGUAGACCAGCGAGCCCUGCUGUGCCUUACACUAUACCUGAAUCCAAUUGCAAAGAAUACGCCGUGACUGCUCAACCAGCAUCGCGCUCAUCCUCCGUCUCCUCGUAUCGAACGAACUAUAGCGCGUCCACCGCACCCACCGCGUACUCACCUUCCUCCCCGACCUUGUCAUAUCGCCAAUUUGAUUCUUUCGGCUCCAUUGACAAACCUAUCGACGUUGAACCUAUCCAGCGCCGACUGCCGCAGGAGGUCUACGAUGUCAUCCUGAGCAGCUUAGAAACGUUGCACAAGGCACCGCACCAGACAGGUUGCACGACAUGUUUCCAACGAGACCUUCACGCCUGGUCCUUGACGUGCCGGUCCUGGGAAAAGGCUGUCCGAGCCCGACUUUACACCCAAAUUCACAUCGUCGGAACGGAUUCCCCGGCUCAAUUAAAGAAGUAUCGUCUCAAGAGAGGCAGUCGAUUGAAACUGUUGCGCCGUACUUUGCGUGAACGGAAGUUGCUAGCCAACCUCGUCCGCGAACUCAGGGUUCCACAAAUGGACUUGCUCUUCACAACUACAAAGCACAGCGCGCAAUGGGAUGAAUAUCGAGAUUUGAUCGCGUCCGUGGUCAUGGUCUGCCCUAACCUGGAGCGCCUGUUGGGUCUGUCUAUUCCUUAUCACCACGAGUUCGAUCGUCUCACCUACGCUCUUUCGACGCGCAAGCGCUUGAAGGAACAUACUUGGGUCCUGGGCGAAGCCGCCGAAGUAGCAGAGGUAUCUCCCCGCAGCACUUCCUGCCCUGGAAGCCUGGGGCCCUCCCAGAUGUUCGAAUUUCUGAACUAUCAUGUCUCUUGGACAAACCUGGAAACCCUGAUGCUGUAUGGCUUGAACGGAAAUGGAGCUCUGGAACCGAGUGUCUUCCUACGCAUGUUUGAUCUCUUGCCCUCACUAAAACAUUUGUGUAUCACUUCCUUUAAUGAGGACGCGUUUGCGGAUAGCACCUUAUUGUGUCUGCCGUCGCUAGAGUCAUUGAGAUUGGAAAAUUUGCCCGGCGUCACCGAAAGAGGUCUCACACAGUACACCUCGCGACCCGAGUCCCGAUCGCUCAAAUCACUUGUCCUGGUCGAGCAGAACAUUGAGUCUUUGCUGGUCAUUUCCAAGAUACUUUCCUCUUUAAGACAGCUUGAGCGUUUCAAAUUCGUGCAGGCAGAAAAGUGCCCGAUCAUGCCGGAUGAGGACAUGAUCCUGCAACCGAUCCUGGCGUCAUCAAGCCUCAAGUUCCUUCACUGGGAUGUGGCCUGUCCCGACUCCGGCACAGCGCUCACCCAGCUCAGCAGUCUUCCGUUCCAGAAACCUCCUAAAUACACUGAUACCCCCAACUCUCAUCUCGCGCAAAGCAUCCUGGCUGCUGGGUUCCCUGUCCUUGAAACACUCCGCGCCCCCAACGACGUGGAGCCUCCGGGUGCUCUGCAAGCAAUUUGUCGACCUAUCCUGAACGGCCAGGCUUUGCUCAGGCCAGAUAGCUCACACGGGUCUGUCAGCACUCGGCCGCUCGCCCUGCCCGCAGGGAACAACCUGACUUCAUCUCGGAUUCGCGCCCAGACCUUCAUCGACAUGGCUAUCAAGGACACGGAGCAUGGUAUGCCCGUUCUGAUUCAGGAUUGGUCCGACAAUUAUGUUCCUGACCACGCCCCCGCUUACGAAGAAGACGAUCCCGAGCCCGAGGUUGACGACUAUGGAAUUUGGGCUGCAUCUGAGCGGUAUAAGAACCACCCACCCAAGCACGACGGUCCCAAGACUGUCCACGAAUUCCGAAUGCCUGCUUUCAUGGGCCGUUCUGGUGUCAAAGACCCCGUCACUGGAGCAUCGAUUCCUCGCUUCCUCCUGCGCCCCGAUAUUUCCGGGCAAGAAUCAGAUGGUGGCUUGAUUGGCUGGAAGCACCUCCUUGCGUCCAAUCAGUCAUUGUCAUAUGCGGCUGGAAUGGGCGUGCAUUGCUUCGAUAGCAAAUCUAUGCCCAACAUACCGCCCCCUCCCCCUCUCGAGGAUCAGAUCGCGUCACCGACUUCUACCACUUCUCGAUUUGGAUGGGGCAGCCUGGGCAGUCGGUCCACAAGCACUCCGGCUACCCCAACAACCCCAAUCACACCCAUGAGCAACGGCUCAAGCUACGCGUUGCCCUGGGAUAAAGAUACCUGCACCGGGUCCUGGAACCACAAGAUGGGUCGGGACUGGUGGUUCCAUAUGGAACGGGAUCGCCCAGGAAAUACAGAGCUCAUUCACGCGAUGCAGCUCUUCUAA